AUGACUGUGGUCAUUUACUUGGACAACAUCCUGAUCUUCUCAGAGAAACUAGAAGAACAACCUGAGCAUGUACAAGAAGUUCUAUUGCAAUUAAUGGCCAACCAACUGUUCUGUAAAAUAUCCAAGUGCCAUUUCCAUGUCACAACAGUAGAUUACCUGGGUAUUGUGAUUUCCCCAACAGGCUUCUCCAUGGAUCAGAAGAAGAUCAAAGCAGUUACCUCCUGGCCCACUCCCAAGACAACUAAACAGGUCCAGGCCUUCCUAGGGUUUGUCAAUUACCUCUGCCAAUUCAUCCCCAACUUUAGUUCUGUUGCGCACCCACUCCACAACCUUACCAGGAAGAAAACCCCUUGGGCAUGGGGAGCCCCAGAAGAAGAAGCAUUCCAGGAACUGAAGUUGCUAGUCACCAAGGGGCCUGUACUAAUUCACUCCAACCCUGAGUUGCCUUAUUACCUGGAAAUGGAUGCAUUGGGAGUUGCUAUGGGGGCCAUACUAAGUCAACAAGGCUUGGAUAACCAAUUACACCCAAUUGCAUAUAUGUCUAAAUCCUUCUCAGGAGCCAAAGCCAACUACAAUACCCAUAACAAAGAGCUCUUGGCCAUCAUCAAAGCUCUGGAAGAAUGGCAGAUUUUCCCCAAGGCCAUGGACAAGCCAAUCCAGGUUUUCACAGACCAUAGAAACCUGGAAUACUGGAUGCAAGCACAGACAUUCAAUCAAAGGCAUGCUUGCUGGCAAAUAUUCAUGAGCAACUUCAACUUUGAAAUCCACUACUGCCCAGGAAAACAGUCAGGGAAACCAGAUGCACUGUCCAGAAGAUUGGAUUAUACUGACACACCCCAAGAACCUGAGGUCAUGCUGCCACCAGAGUUCUUUGCCAAUACAGGCACUUUGGAGGAAGAACUUGUCAUCACAGAGGAAAUCUGCACCCUGAUUGAGGAAGACCCAUUGCUAGAGCCAAUUAUCUGUUUCCUAACAGGAGAUGCUGAUAAUGCGCCCCUGUUGAUCAGAAAGGCAUACAGGGAUCACAAUUGGGAAGAAGAUCUCCUUUGGUACCAGGGAAAGCUAGUAGUUCCAGACAUAGAAACCCUAAAAGAGCAUUUCCUCAAGGAAUUUCAUGACUCCCCCCUGGCAGGUCACCCUGGACAACAGAGGACCCUGGAGCUCCUGGGAAGAAAUCUUUGGUGGCCCAGAAUGAAGUCAUCAGCCAAGGAAUGGGUUGAGUGUUGCCCAGUUUGCCAAACCAAUAGGUGCCCCCAUGCACCAGUAAUAGCCCUGAAACCACUGGAAGUUCCCCCUUACCCUUUUCACACAAUCUCCUAUGAUUUUAUCACAGGAUUUCCCAAAUCUCAAGGGAUGGAUGCAAUAUUGGAAGUGAUUGACUUGUUUUCUAAAAUGGGUCACUUUGUCCCAGUAUCCAAGAAGAUCUCUGCAAAGGGCCUGGCCAACAUAUUCACAAACCAUAUCUGGAAGCUACAUGGGUUCCCAGUCAAGACAAUUUCAGACCAAGGCACCACAUUCAUGGCCUACCAUCCAGAGUCAGACAGCCAGACCAAAAGGGUAAAUCAGUUCAUCAAAUUCUACCUCAGAUCCUAUGUGGCUUCAGACCAUUCAGAUCAAGUCCACUGGUUACCACUAGCAGAAUUUGCUUACAAUAAUGCUAAACAUGCAGCUACUGGGAAAUCUCCCUUUGAAUUGGUUUUUGGAAGACCACCAGUGAUGAACCCUUCAAACAUUCCAGCCAACACCCCAGAAGCAGACCCAGUAGCAGAUACUCUGGCCCAAGAAUGGAAGGAGGCAGAAGCAGCCCUGAGACUGUCAAAGGAAAGAAUGGCAAAUAAGGGUGGAAAGAUCCUGGAAUAUGCAAUAGGCAAAAGGGUGUGGUUAGAUGGAAGGAAUGUCCAAAUCCAGUCAAAUUCAAAUAAAUUGGACCCCAAAUGCCUUGGACCCUUCAAGGUCAUAGAAAAAGUGUCUUCCCAUGCUUACCACCUGAGGUUACCAGAAACCCUGAAAAUCCACAACAUCCUCUAUGUGGGUCUUCUGUCAAAAGUCAACAAAUCCCCAAGCCAGCCUUUUCCAGAUAUGCCCCCACCAGAAACCAUUGAAGGGGAAGAAGAAUACAAAGUGGAUCAGAUCAUCAACUCCAAAAGGCAACAAGGGAAAUGGUUCUACCUGGUUAAAUGGAAGGGUUAUGGCCCCAAAGACAACUCAUGGGAGCCAGAAGAACUCUUGGAACACAGCCAAGAAGAGAUCAAGCAUUAUAACCAAGCUAGACUCAAAAAGGCUUGUGAUGCCACCAAGAGCCUUUAA